AACAAUUAUAUGUGUCCCUUUUUAUUUUUGAUGUGGGAGAACAGAACCCCACCCUGGACCAGCAAGAACCAGGAGAAUGGAACUUUGAGCUUCACCACGGGACCACUCCCUUUUAAUCUCUUUGAAUUAAAAAAGCCAGUGAAGUUUAGCAUCUACGAAAGUGUGAGGGCCGAUAUUCUCUCUACCAGAUUACCGAGUAAGCAACGAGGGCUAUCCCGUCCAUUCCUUUGGCGGCAGAGACAAUCCAUUCUAAUCUUCUCGCUCACAAAUCGCCAUUGCCGAUUAACAUUAAUUAAUGUUUAAGAAACUGAUGCACCAAUAUUCACGCAUCUUCUCAAAUUGUUGGGAGGUGCCACUCCCUGGGAUUUAAAAUUUGAACGCCCUUUGGCAGGCUUUUUUAGAUUUGAAAAUGGCAACUUCAUCCUCUCUCUCCGAGUAUUUGAAAAAAUACACAUCUGAAGGAAAACCUAAAUCUAUCAAGAAAAAAAAGUCAAAACCCUCCGUUAAUGUGGGCGGUGUCCGUAUAGUGGAUGAAGACCCUGCGUGGCAAGCUGAAAUUAAGGACGACUCUACCCACGAGGACUCUCCAGAUGAGAGACCUCAGGUGACAGAAGACAUUGAAGUAAAGAGGAUGAAGAGAAUGGAAGAAUUGAAGAUGCAUCGCCCUUAUCUCACUGUAGCUGAUGAUGGUAGUGGAUGGAGAACCGUUUCUCAACCUAACAAACCUGAGUUACAGUCAGAUGAUUUCAUUUUAAAAGAACAGGGCUCUACAGAUCCUCCAAAUAACAGUGAACUGCCUUCUGCCCAUCUUAAUAGCCUUUCAUCUUUACCAAAUAAAAAUCAUGGAAGUGUUCAUCAGAGGGAUAUAACCGAAAAAUCGUCAAACCAUGAACUUGAUGACUUCUCGUCAGAAUUGACUGUUAAUGAUUCUUCUUUUUUGGCACAAAAGAAGGUUCAACAUGAUUCUCUCGACAUAUCUGCUCCUCAGAAGGCAUGGACAGAGUCUCCAGAUUUAUUGCCUUCAAGAGAGCGCCAAAGAGACUUUGGUUCCUUACAUCCAUUGCCACAAAAAAAGGUUCGCCAUGAUUCCCCUGAUCAAUCUCCCAGACAAAAGUUCUCCACCAAGUCUCCAGAUUUGUCACCUCCAAGGCGGCGCCAAAAGGAUGUUAAUUUAGAUAGAUUGGCACAAAUGAAGUUUCAAAACGACUCUCCUGAUCAAUCUCCCAGACGAAAGUUCUCCACCAUGUCUCCAGAUUUGUCGCCUCCAAGGCGGCACCAAAAGGAUGCUAAUUCAGAUAGACUGGCACAAAUGAAGUUUCAAAAUGACUCUCCUGAUCAAUCUCCAAGACGAAAGUUUUCCACUAAGUCUCCAGAUUUGUCACCUCCAAGGCGGCACCAAAAGGAUGUUGGUUUCCCUGGACCGGUUUCUCAAAUGAAGGUUCGACAUGAUUCUCCUGACUUAUAUCGCACACAGAAGAUUCCGAAUAAAUCUCCAGAUUUGUCACCUCCAAGAAAGCGCCAGAAGGAUGUUGGUUCCCUGGAUUGUCCGCCACAAAUGAAUCUUAGGCAUGAUUCCCCUGAUGAGUUGCCCCAACAAAAGGUUUGGACCAAGCCAGUAGAUUUGUCACCUCCAAGAAGGCGCCAAAAGAAUGUUGGCUUGUCAGAUUCAUUUCCACUAUCAAAGACUCGACAUGAUUCUCCUGAUGGAAAGGAUUCUUCCUUUCAGCAUCAUUCUCAUGCUAGAAAUGCACAUGUCAAAGAUCUUGAUUUUUCACCACCAAGAAGGAUACGCCACAAUUCUUCUAGAAGAGAUGGUGAUUCUCCAACAAAAAGACAGACUGUUCCUUCUAGUGGAACUGCUCAUGAAACUUUGUCAGAGAGACAUGUGAUGAAUAAGACCAAAAGUAAGGAAAUAAUGGGUGAUGGAACCAGUGCUGGAUUACGCACUGGAAAAGAUCUUAAAGUGGAAACUGAUCAAAAGAAAAGAGAGGAGACCCAAAGAUUCUCAAAGAUGGAUUCUUCCCUAACUGGGCGUGGUGCUGAGACCAUUUACCGUGACAAGAGAGGUAAAAGACUAGGCAGGGAAGAAUUUUUGCAAUUGCAGGAGGGACAACCAAAGCCAGAGGCCACUCCUUUGGAAUGGGGUAAAGGCUUAGCGCAAAAGAGGGAAGCAGAAGCUAAACAAGCUGAACUUGAGCUGGAAAAGAACAAGCCAUUUGCACGUAGCAGAGAUGAUCCAGAACUUGACAAAAUGUUAAAGGAAAGAGUUAGGUGGGGUGAUCCAAUGGCUCAUUUGGUUAAGAAGAAAAGUAUUGAGCAUGUGCUAGAAAAUUUAAAUGAAGAUGAGAAAAUGAUAGAAUCGGGUUUUAUUAUUCCUCAAGACAUACCUAGUCAUAGUUGGUUGGCAAGAGGUGUUGAUCCUCCACCCAACCGAUAUGGCAUCAAACCCGGGAGACACUGGGAUGGAGUUGAUCGCAGCAAUGGCUUUGAAAAGGGGUCAUUCAAGAGGCAAAAUGAAAAGCAGGCUACAGAAACAGAGGCUUAUCUUUGGUCUGUUGCUGAUAUGUAAUAAAUUAUGAUAAGAUCUAAAUUUGGUGGGUGUUUCUUCUUUCUUCUUGUCAUGCAUUUUGAGCAUUUCUGAACUGAAGGAAAUAAUGCUUGAAGGCUAAUUUUUGUCUCAAGAUUCUGCGGAUACAACCAAACAAGUUUCCCUAAGGUCUAGAAGAUGAUGAAUGGGGUAGAACAUUUAUAUUCUGGUAUUCACAUUGUUCUCUAAGUUGACAUCUUCCUCUCCUAGUGAAGUUUUUUUAAGCUCAAUUGUAAGUUUAUCUAUUUUUCUCUGUAGCAUUCGCUGACCUACAGUUAAAAGAGUAGUAGCCAACAAAAAAGGUCAUCAACGUUCCUUUUUUCCAUACUUAUUUUAUUGGUUGGAGGAUAACUUUCUCCUAUGGCUGUAUUUAAAUUGCUUCUUUGUGUAAAUCUUAAGAAGUAUUUUUUGUACACCUCA